GGUCAUACUGCCCAUUUUUCACUACUAGGGUUGUUGCAAGUCCUACUUUUUUAAAGAAUUGACAAAGGGGACCCUGCCAAUCCGGUGAACCUCUCCUUCAAGAUAACACAUGCAAAUUUUAGCUUUCCUUUUUUGUUUCCUGCCAGGGGAUUUUCGGCCAGACCUGUAAUGAAAUUUAGGAGCAGUCGACUGUGAGUUUGGAGUCUCAGGAGCUCGGAGGAGCUUAUAGGAGGACCAGAACCAUUUAGCUUAAGGAAAUGGCUUUGACAAAAGACCGAACACAGGGACGUCUUUCUCGGGAAAGGAAGUUGUGUGCACAUCCAUUUCUAGAGAUCUACCGAGGGGGAAUGAUCCACUAUAUGAGUCCGCUGGCUCGGCAGGGUGAUUUCUAUGUUCCUGAAGUUAGAGAGGCCCAAAGACGGUUAUUGGGAAAAGAGUCUGAAGAGGACAGGAGGACAGACAUCACAGGUGCUGACUCCCACAGCGAGCGCAGUUCCGUGAGCUGCCUGCCCCCCUCGGAAAGCCGGGACACCUCACCUGCCCCGCCCACCAUGCAGAUGCACUCAAACAGAGAUGGAGAUCAACACUGGGACUUUGACCAUGUGGAGAGAAGCGACACCUCCAGCGUUUCUUCCUUCGAGGAGCUGGAUCUCAACUCAGAGAGGACGGACAGGUGUGCCCACACCCCUCCACCAAUCACAGGAAGCGGCAAAAACAACCUGCAGGGGCAAGACAGAGACAUGACGAACGAGGAAGAGUGAGAGAGUGGAAUUUUUGGUUUUAAAGGGAUGGUCCACCAAAAUAAUUGUGCAAAUAACCAAAUAGCUUUUUAGCACAAUCCUUACAUACUCUUGCC